AUGAAAAUUAUAUUCGUUUUGCUCUUUGUUAUAACUAUUAAGUCUGAAAGAUUAUUGGUUUCUUAGGAUAAUGAUUUUGUUGAUGAUGAUAAUGACUUUGCUGGUGGAGUAUUUCCAACAACAGAUUCUAGUUCUGAUACUUAUAAUAAAGCUCUAUAAUAUGCAUAACAACAUUACGCUGAAAGUUGCAAAUUGAGUGAUUUAUAAUGGGAGAGUUUAGAUGCUUCCAAGAAUUAGAUGGUCUAAGGAAUGUUAUAUUAUUUUAAUGUAACAAUGAAGGGAAAUGAGAGAUUAGAGAAAUAUGAGAUUUAAGUUUGGAUUCAAGCAGACAGAGAACAAACUGCAGAAAUUACUUAGUGUAAAAAAUUAUGA